CGCCGGGUACUAUAAGUGUAAUAUGUUUACGAGGCAAACGCCAGACUAGUGAGAAAGAAAGUUUAAUUCCAGUUACAUUGUGACUUCUUGUCACGUUUUCAUUCAGGUCUAUUCUCAUGAUGAAUCAUUCUUAACCGUGAAAUUUCGGCAUCUUUGAGUUUCAAUUACAUUUAGAGAGGAAUAUUUUGCACAAUAUCGCAACUGGUUGACGCAAAUUCAAUCUGUCAAUGGUUUCCCGCAGCAUUCGAAACCUACGCACCUUUUAAUGUUGUUUUAUGCCACAGCUGGACGGAUACCAGUGAAAAAUUCUUGGAGCACGUUGAUGGCGCCAAAUACUCGGGAGUGCUCUGUACCAAAAACUAGCAAAUUUUGAUCAUUUUUUACCAUGUUCUCACGGUCAGGUGUGGUGGUUCACCCAGUUCCCAAGUCGUGAAUGUCGUCGCUCCAGUCACCCACAACUGGCAACAUGUUCAGCCCUAGUAUGGCGGGAACCAGCUCCAGUCAUGGGCACCAACCUGCGGAGGUUUUCCGCAAGGAUCUCAUCAGUGCCAUGAAGCUGCCAGAUUCCUACCAGCUGCAGCCAGACGAUUACAUGGUCAUCACAGACACCUGGAAACAGGAAUGGGAGAAGGGUGUUCAGGUGCCAGUCAGCCCCAACAGCAUCCCUAUAGUCUCCUGCACAGCCACCAAGGAACAGGACCAAAGCAACUUUAAAUUGCCAAGAAGGUUGAUAUGUAUGUCUGAAGGUACCAAUGAGCAGGAAGAUUAUGCCACGGCGUUGAAUAAGAAACUGGAAUCAGUUUGCUUAUAUGACCUGGAUGAGGUGGAUGAGCAGUGGCUAGAUAUCAUCAACCAGGAAAGACAAGAAACGAGUGAUCCUUCAAUAGAUGAGUUCACCAUGGAGCACAUUAUUGAAGAAUGUGAGAUGCAGUGCCAUAAAAACAUGGAGCAUGCGAUGCAGACAGAGGAAGGGCUUGGUAUAGAAUAUGAUGAUGACGUCAUCUGUGAUGUCUGCAGAGCGCCUGACUGUGAGGAGGGAAAUGAGAUGGUUUUCUGUGAUAAAUGUGACAUCUGUGUGCACCAGGCAUGCUAUGGCAUUGUGAAAGUUCCAGAAGGAAGCUGGAUGUGUCGUACCUGUGCUCUGGGCAUCCAACCUGUAUGCCUUCUAUGCGGGACGAAAGGUGGAGCAAUGAAAAGCACCAGGAGUGGCACAAAGUGGGCCCAUGUUAGUUGUGCCCUAUGGAUCCCUGAGGUCAGCAUUGGAUGUGUGGAAAGAAUGGAACCCAUCACCAAGAUAUCUCAAAUACCGGUGAGCCGCUGGGCAUUGAUAUGUAAUCUAUGCAGGGUAAGGACCGGCGCUUGUAUACAGUGCUCGGUUAAAACGUGCAAGGUAGCAUAUCAUGUGACCUGCGGUUUUGAACAUAAUUUGGAAAUGAAGACAUUCCUGGAUGAUGAAGUGGAAGUCAGAUUCAAAUCCUUUUGCUUGAAGCACAGCAAGAAACGGAAUGCGGAUUCAGAUACAGAUGGCUCUCCCCAAAAGACCUCAUCCACGGCAGGUACACCCAAGAAGGAGAAGUCUCUUGAGGAAAAGGACAACGAGAGAGCCAUAAGGAUACAAAACAUAACUGAGGACUUCUACAAGUAUGCUAAAGCGAAGGAAGUUGCCAGCAAUCUGAAUAUGAAGGAUGACAUUGAAGUGGUUGACCUUGUGUUUGAGUACUGGAAAUUAAAACGAAAGUCUGGCUUCAACAAGCCUCUAGUCAUCCUUCAGAAAGAGGAAUUGCCGAGUGACAAUGAAGAGUACAAUCUUCACGCUAGGAUGAGGAUGUUUGUACAUCUCCGCCAGGACCUAGAAAGAGUACGUAAUCUCUGCUACAUGGUCCAGAAGCGAGAGAAGCUGAGUAGGCAAAUGGCCACGCUCAGGGAGGACAUUUUUAGGAAGCAACAGCAAAUCUUCUGUGGAGACGUGUCUCACUUCUCGCAAGAGGAUCUAGAAUUUGCUGAGCAAGCUGCUGCCCUGAGCUCUUUGGUCCCUGACAAGGCAGAGUCCACAUUUGACCUGUUCUCAGAAGUGAGCGUCGACGAAGAGAAAGUGAGCGAGGAGGUGAAGUUAGUGGAAGACGUAGUCAUAAGUGAUACUGUGCCAUCGCGGACAAAAACGGAGAGUGAUGAUUAUUCAUCGUCAUCAGAAACGGAGAGUUACAGUGAUUCAAGGAGUAGCUCCAGGGCUGAGCUAUCAAAGACAUAUGAACCAGAACGGAAGCCUGUUAAUUUGAUUUCCAGCUUGGAAUCACAAACGCUUGAGGAUGAUAACCAGAGUGGUGUGGUGAUGGACACUAAAGAUCAAAGGUUACAUCAGGGGCAAGAAUCCAAGAGUGGUCAGGCACCUGCUGAUCCACCUCACUCUGUCAAAGGGAGUAUAAACAGGCAGAAUAGACAGCUGAAACGGACUGCAUCUGAUGUUGUUUACACAGAUAGUAUACAAACCAAACGUAAAUCUAGGAACGGUAGAUACAGCCGUAACUCAGAAACAAAAUCUAACAUUACAUCCUACUUCAAGUCGACCAGAUCAGACUCCUCUCAACCAGACCUCAAUCAAUCUCAUGAGAAAACAGGCAGCAGUCAGACACGAGAGAAACCUGCUAGACAAGCCACCAGGUAUCCUCGCCAGUCACUCUCCCCAAGACAGUUGCAGAUGAAGGAAGAGGCUGCGCGUCUUCAAGAGCAGAUGUUUGCCUCCAGCCCGACCUCUAGGGCCAUCCUGAGUGGGUACCGCAUCCCUAAAAAGAAGUCCAUUCCCUCCAGUGAGUCCUCACCCCCCGCCAUGGAGGCAGACACUGCUCCUCUAACAUCAUUGCAGCAGCUACAGAGGGGAGACCACAGCCUUGCACUCAUCCCAGAAACGAGGAGUGCUCGACGGAGAAUUGAAGACGAACUUGACAAAGAGAGUAAUAGUAGCGACAGGCAAUUUGAAAAUAUUGAUGCAGAGGUUAGUAUCUGCCUGAAAAGCAAGGAGUCUCCAUCUCCUCCAAGCCCGUGUGAUUCAGAAGAUGAUAUCAUCAUCGUUGACGAUGACCAUCAAGAGCAACUAACCAAGCAGCUUUUAUCUCAGAGUCUAAGCAGCGCAAGUGCAAAACUCACAAGAAGUCAAAGUGCAGAUAGCCCUGAUGUUAAUAGUAGAGUCAAUGAGAACAAACCUGUCGCCACUCGAAUAUACGAUGCUGCAUAUCGGUUACUCAAUAGCGCUAUUCCUCUGUAGUUCUAUUUUUAUAGCUUUUUUUCUCUUUUUUUUUCUGUCGCCUUGUUCUGAUAAUGCCAAUUAUGCCAUACUGUAUUUGUAUGGUGAAGGAGGUUUUCAGGGUAAAUGCCCAUAGUCUCAAAUUCAUAGAUAAUCUAGUCUGAAAUCCUUCAAAGUGAAAAUGUUGAUCCUAAUGUUGCACUUGUUCAAAAAUCUGGUGAUAAAUUUGAUUAUUAGUAGAGAGGACUCAGUAAAUUCCAUUUGCCCAUGCUACUGUGCAUUACAGCAUUAUGCUCAUUACCAAGAGAGAUCUCUUAAUAGAGAUUAGAUCUAAUAUUUGUGUCAAGUUUUCCUUCAGCAAAUCAGUAUUACUCGAACGUGUUGGGUGGCUCAAUAUUUAAAUCCCUAUUAUUGUAACUGUUGGUCCCACUGUCUGGUAAAACUGAACACACUUCCUAAAUUUCUAGUAGUGUCUUUUUACCCUUUACUGACAAAGCACCCUAUUGGUUGAAAAAGCAUUUAUUGUGUUUGUAUGAACACACAUUAGAGUGGUGUCGCCCCAAUGGCUUCUAUUGUGGUUUUUAGAGUACAUGUAUAAAGAUUUACUACAGAAGUACCCCUCAGUAUUGACCAAGAGUGUUAUAAAGGGAAUAUACAACAUUUGCUUUUGCUGUAAUUUUCAGAAAUAAUGGAUGUUGGGUUUUAGUAUUUUAAAGCAAAUAUUGUUACAUUGACUUGUUAGAAGUUUUGUGUUUGUAGUUGCUGGAA